GUGUGAUCGAGGGCAUUCUACUGGUGGUGGUGGUCAGGUUACCAAGGAUAAGCAUCAAAUACGUUCGUGUCUCCAGUCAUCAACAGUCAAGAUAUCCGGCGCUAUCAAGCUUCCAGCCUCGUCCAUGGUGCAGGUGGAGUGGGGAGAUGGUGAGACCGACGUGUACCCUUAUGUGUGGCUUCGAGACCACUGUCAGUGUCCAAACUGUUUCCAUCCCACAACCAAGUCACGGAUACUGUCGCUAGAAGACUUCCAGCUAUCAGUCUCACCCACCUCCAUCCAGGUUGUGGAAGACGGCAGGAGAGUUGAGAUAGGUUGGUCAGACGGACACCUGGGUACCUACCCAGCCUCCUGGCUCCACCAACGUGCAUUCAAUACUCACCAGCUCAACCUCAGAGCCGAAACAGUAAGGUAAGAACAAGUGUCCGUACU